AUGGAUAUUGAUCUCCAGUGUCUUGAUCAGAUCAUCGAUGCCUCUGAUCAUGUUUUCGAGCUUUAUACAGAAAAGACCGAGGAGAAUCAGGAUUUAGGAUAUGUUAAUAGAACUAAAGAUCAUAUUGUCAUCCGGUUACCUUUGUCUGAGGUGGAAUUGAAUAUAAAACAAUCAUUAUCUCAGUUAUCAUCGAAGAAUGAGACAUCAUCUACCGGAUUUGUGUGUUGGAGAGCUAGUCAAGCAUUGGUGGAUUGGAUCUUAAGCCCAGGAAGCUUGUUUCAUAAAUAUUUUAUUGGAAGGAAGUUGAGUGUUGUGGAAUUAGGCACUGGAGUUGGAGGAGUAUGUGCUCUGGUUUUAGGUCCAUUAAUUAAACAGUAUAUUUGUACUGAUCAGAAACACAUAUUAAAACUUUUGAAAGAAAACAUCAUCAACAAUGUGGAAGCCUUUGAUAGUAAGACCAUAGAAUGUGAUAAAACGGGAGAUUCAAGAAUUGAAGUGGUUGAGUUUGAUUGGGAAGAAAUUGAUUAUGGGUUGUAUAAUUAUCAUGAAUUGACUGACUCGAAACCUGACCUCAUAAUAGCUUGUGAUACAAUUUAUAACGAGUAUCUUAUACCCUACUUCCUUAAUGCGUUGGAAGCUUUUUUAACGGAAGCGAAUGGGGCGUUGAUAGGAAUUCAAUUACGUGAUGAUUAUACUUUAGAAAGAUUCGUUGCACAAGCCAUUGAAAGAUUCAAAUUAUUCGUCAUUCCGGACGAGUUUCUAUCAGAGAACUUGAAAAUAGGGUUCGUUGUAUAUUAUAUAGUCAAAAUAUAG